CUCCCAGGCCGGGUUUCCCUUCCUGGUCUCUUCGCCCGCUGGCCCGGGUGAUCGGGAGGAGACUGUUUUCCAGGGUUAGAAAUUGGACUUUUGAUGAUGUUUGACCCAGUGGCAGCAAUAGCAGGCAACGUGAUUUCAAAGCUGGGCUCAGCCUCCAUUUCUUCUCUCGUGUAAUCACCAAGCAAGCUCCUUUUGGACCAGGAAUUCCAAUCAUGUCUGUGAUGGUGGUGAGAAAGAAGGUGACACGGAAAUGGGAGAAACUCCCAGGAAGGAACACGUUCUGCUGCGAUGGCCGCGUCAUGAUGGCCCGACAAAAGGGCAUCUUCUACUUGACCCUCUUCCUCAUCCUGGGAACCUGCACACUCUUCUUCGCCUUCGAAUGCCGCUACCUGGCUGUGCAGCUGUCUCCUGCCAUCCCCGUGUUUGCUGCCAUGCUCUUCCUUUUCUCCAUGGCUACCCUGUUGAGGACGAGCUUCAGUGACCCUGGAGUGAUUCCCCGGGCCCUGCCAGAUGAAGCAGCUUUCAUAGAAAUGGAAAUAGAAGCUACCAAUGGCGCAGUACCCCAGGGCCAGCGACCACCACCUCGUAUCAAGAAUUUCCAGAUAAACAACCAGAUUGUGAAACUGAAAUACUGUUAUACAUGCAAGAUCUUCCGGCCGCCCCGGGCCUCCCAUUGCAGCAUCUGUGACAACUGUGUGGAAGCUACCAAUGGCGCAGUACCCCAGGGCCAGCGACCACCACCUCGUAUCAAGAAUUUCCAGAUAAACAACCAGAUUGUGAAACUGAAAUACUGUUAUACAUGCAAGAUCUUCCGGCCGCCCCGGGCCUCCCAUUGCAGCAUCUGUGACAACUGUGUGGAGCGCUUCGACCAUCACUGUCCCUGGGUGGGGAACUGUGUUGGAAAGAGGAACUACCGCUACUUCUACCUCUUCAUCCUUUCUCCUCACAAUCUAUGUCUUCGCCUUCAACAUCGUCUAUGUGGCCCUCAAAUCCCUGAAAAUUGGCUUCCUGGAGACGUUGAAAGAAACUCCUGGAACUGUCCUAGAAGUCCUCAUUUGCUUCUUCACACUCUGGUCCGUCGUGGGACUGACUGGAUUUCACACCUUCCUCGUGGCUCUCAACCAGACAACCAAUGAAGAUAUUAAAGGAUCAUGGACAGGGAAGAAUCGUGUCCAGAAUCCCUAUAGCCAUGGCAACAUUGUGAAGAACUGCUGUGAAGUGCUGUGUGGCCCCUUGCCCCCCAGUGUACUGGAUCGAAGAGGCAUUUUGCCGCUAGAGGAAAGUGGAAGUCGACCUCCCAGUACUCAAGAGACCAGUAGCAGCCUCUUGCCACAGAGUCCUGCCCCAACAGAACAUCUGAACUCAAAUGAGAUGCCGGAGGACACCAGUACUCCCGAAGAGAUGCCUCCUCCGGAGCCCCCAGAGCCGCCACAGGAGGCGACUGAAGCUGAGAAGUAGCCUCUCUGUGGAAGAGACUUUUGUUUGUGUUUAAUUAGGGCUAUGAGAGAUUUCAGGGGAGAAGAUAAACCUGAGACAGAGAGCAAGUAAGCUGUCCUUCUUACCGUUUUUCUUUGGUCUUUAGUCACCCAGUUGCACUCUGGCAUUUUCCUGCUGCAAGCUUUUUUUUAAUUUCUGGACUCAAGGCAGUAGCAGAAGAUGUCAGUCACCUCUGAAAACUGGACAAAUGGGUCUCUGGGACCCUGGCACUGGUUUUCCAUGGCCUCAGCCACAGGGUCUCCUUAAACUCCCGUCUCUUCCUUCCAGAUCCCAGCUCUCCUGCUUGGGGUCAUUGGUCUCAAGAACCUAACGGUUCUUGAGACUAGCUCAAAUGCUCUUAAGCCGCUGCAUACCCCAGAUCCAGAGGCAGGCACAGAGACCUCUAGCCAGGGAAUCCAAACUGGGUUCUGAGGUCCCUCAGAAUUGACAAGGACAGAGAGUGGGGUUGGAGGAUGCUCCUGGCUACGAAGUGCCAGCAUUGCCAGCUAAUCCUUUUAGGAAUAGGGCAGGUACCUUCCCCUUGUUGUAUUUAUUCGUGUGGUCCCUCCUUCGUCCCCGUCCAAUCUGACACCCAGCCGCACUCUUCCCAUUAGGUAUAUGUGAGUAGUUGUAGUAGAGAUAACAAUUCACAUUUCUUGUAGACUCCCCAGGAACUCUGUAAUACCUGUGCCGUUCUCAACAAGACUUUCGGAGAUGCCGACGGCAUAGCCCUCACUCUCUGUCUCAUCUCUCCUCCUUCCUCAUUAGCCCCUUUUCAUUUUUCUCCUUUUGACUCUUGCUCCCAUGAGGAGCAGAAUGGCAGUAAUAAAAGUCUGCACUCUGGUGUUUCCUUUUCCUCAGAGGAAGUCCGAGUGCUCACUUAAACACUACCCCCUCAGACUCCCUGUGUGAGGCCUGCAGAGGCCCUGAAUGCACAAAUGGGGAAACCAAGGCACAGAGAGGCUCUCCUCUCCUCUUCUCUCCCCCUAUGUCCCCUCAAAAACAAAAAAGAAUAAAAAAGGCUAACUAGUACUUCCAUUAAGCCUCGGCUGAGUGAGGGAAAGCCCAGUACUGCUGCCCUCCUGGGGAACCCACUCCAAGGCCUUGGCCCACCUCGGGCUAUAGGAACCACACUGGGGGCUGC